GUCUUUUUCGUUGUGUUCUUGUUCAAUUCAUCACUUGCGUUCUCUUCCGGCUGAAGAAGCUUGAAAAAUAAAAGAAGAGAGAGGUAGGGUUUUCUGAGGUUUCUGAAAUGGCAGCAGAAUCAUCAGAGGGCGAAGAAGAAACGAAGUUGAGCGGAGGAAACCAAUUGUUGACGGUAGAUGAUGAUUUAACGGAGAUGGGGAAAAAGGCCGCUUGGAGUGUCAGUUCUUGCAAACCCGGUAACGGUGUUUCCUCCCUCCGUGACGAUAAUCUCGAAACCUAUUGGCAAUCCGACGGAGCGCAACCCCAUUUGGUUAACAUUCAGUUUCAGAAGAAAGUGAGACUUCAACUAAUUGUACUGUACGUGGAUUUCAAGUUGGACGAGAGUUACACGCCGAGCAAAGUUUCCAUCCGUGCCGGUGAUGGGUUUCACAACUUGAAGGAGAUUAAGACCGUGGAACUUGUGAAGCCAACUGGGUGGGUCUAUCUAUCGUUGUCUGGAGUUGAUCCUAGGGAUACCUUUGUGAACACUUUCAUGUUGCAAAUUGCUGUAUUGUCAAACCAUCUCAAUGGAAGAGAUACUCAUGUGCGGCAAAUCAAAGUUUAUGGGCCUCGACCGAAUCCAAUUCCACACCAGCCAUUUCAAUUUACUUCAAGGGAGUUUAUCACCUACUCUUCCAUAAGAUGAGAGUUUACGGAAAGAGUUAAUGAAGAAACCUGGCUUUAAAUCAAAGGGUGCUGCUCAUUAAGUGAUUAUAUUAUUUGGAAUGUCUGAAACCAAAUCACUACUGACCGAAAUUGCAAGUAGAUUUCACUUCAAUAUUCUUAAAAAUUGUCAGCUGCAUAUGAGGCCAUCAGUAAUUCAGUACCCUGUGUCUGGCACAUAUUUAUAUUUUGUUUUACUUGUGCUAGUGCUCUAUAGUAGAAGCUGCAGUUUCGGCUAUCACUAGAUAUUUUCCUUGUGGUUUGUGUUGUAUUAGUUUUUCUGUUUCAUAGUCAGUUAGUUUGUAUCAGUUUUCAGUUUUACAGAGUCUUAUAUAAACUCUAUUCUGUGUACUUUAUUCAGUUUUUAAUACAAUGAGAAAUUAUACACCAUCUAAAAACUAAGAUA